GGAGAGGAGGAUGCAUUGCCCGUUCAUUAUUGGAAGCAGCAGGGAGUGAAGCAGCAUCUGUUUGAGGCGAGAAAAAGAACCUGCAUGGAAUGGAGGAGCGCUAGAGCUGCACCGUCGCUGUCGUCAAGACUCCCACCGCCUCCACCACUGCUGCCACUCUGGACUGGGAUUUAAUGGGAGACACUCAGAGUGGCUCUGUGAUGCCCGAGGGACCAGUCGUGUGGAUCCAGUGCCACCUCUGAUACGAUGUUGAGAGCAGGGGGGGCAGCCACCUCUCUGGCACUGCUGCUGCUGCUGCCGCUGCUCUGCUGCUGCUGCCACCUGUGCCACUCGUUGCGGGUUCCAAAACUCUCCGCUUUCGCAAAAGCAGAGGAUAAGCUGUUCAAAUACCUCUUUGUAAACUACCAGAAAUGGGUCCGGCCAGUGGAAUACCUGAACCAGACGAUCAGCGUGAAGUUUGGCCUGGCCAUCUCCCAGCUAGUUGAUGUGGAUGAGAAAAAUCAACGAAUGACAACCAAUGUGUGGAUGAAACAGGAGUGGACUGACAGGAAACUAAGAUGGAAUCCUGAUGACUAUCAGGGCCUUACAGCCAUCCGAGUCCCUUCUAACAGGAUCUGGCUUCCCGACGUUGUACUGUACGAUAAUUCAGAUGGGCGUUUCGAGGGAACUGUCACUAAGGCAGUUGUUAAGUAUGAUGGAACCAUAACGUGGACACCACCAGCCAAUUACAAAUCAGCCUGCACCAUUGAUGUUACCUUCUUCCCUUUUGACCUCCAGAACUGCUCAAUGAAGUUUGGCUCUUGGACAUAUGAUGGCUCCCAGGUGGACAUAACUCUUGAGGACUUCCACGUGGACAAGCGGGACUAUUUUGACAACGGUGAAUGGGAGAUAGUGAAGGCCACAGGCAGCCGUGGUCUGAGGACAGACAGCAGCUGCACCUAUCCCACCAUCACCUACUAUUUCAUCAUCCGCCGGUUGCCUCUUUUCUACACACUCUUCCUCAUCAUACCCUGCAUUGGCCUGUCCUUCCUCACCAUCCUCGUCUUCUAUCUGCCCUCUAACGGUGGCGAGAAGAUCUCUCUCUGCACCUCUGUCCUGGUGUCGCUCACAGUUUUCCUCCUGGUCAUUGAGGAAAUCAUUCCUUCCUCUUCCAAGACUAUCCCUCUCAUCGGGGAGUACCUGGUCUUCACUAUGAUCUUCGUCACACUCUCCAUCUGCAUCACAGUCUUUGCCAUCAACAUCCACCAUCGCUCCUCCUCUACACAUCAUGGCAUGGCACCGUGGGUGAGGAGGAUCUUCCUACAUCGACUGCCUAAGCUGCUGUGCAUGCGCAGCCAUGUGGACCGAUACUCUCCAGCUGAUAUAGCCAGAGCAGGAGGACUGGGUAUGAUGAAGAACUCAAAAUCUGAACUUACACCUCUGCUCUACACCAGACAUAACCUACAAGCAGCUUUGGAUUCUAUUCGCUACAUAACCAUGCAUGUGGUUAAAGAAAAUGAGGUCCGAGAGGUGGUUCAAGACUGGAAAUGUGUAGCCCAGGUCCUGGAUCGAGUGUUUCUUUGGGCCUUCCUCGUGGUGUCGAUCCUGGGCUCUGCGCUCCUCUUCAUUCCUGUUAUUUACAAAUGGGCCAGCAUAAUCGUCCCUAACCAUGCUGGAAGUACCCUCUAAGCCGCAGUUAAACGAACCGCAAAUAGAGGCAAAGCACAUCAACAUGUCGUCAUGGGUCAUAUUUGAGAUUUUAAAGACUGAGAUACUGUGAUUACCGCACAGAUAUUGUCCUACUCUGCCAACUGCAUUCAGGCUGACAGAUCCGCCAGAGAUAAAGCUGCAGAUUUGAGGCCUGGUUUGCUGAGUGUAUCAUUCAAAUACUUUUUUUUGUUUAUAAGAGUUUUUAUUCUGUAUUUCCGAGUGUAAAGAUACAUUUAAAUACUCAAUUGAUGUAUAACAUAUAAUGAUAAAAUCACCCAUGUUUCAUCCACACAGAAAUACACUCAUUUCCAGUUGCUGGCAUCUUAGAUAGAGGUCUGAUAGCGAUACUAGUUGGCAGACAACAUGUCCUCACAGGAUAUUUUGGAUAGCAUCAGGCUAAUGGCUGUUGGUCACGGAGGUGGCAGGGUGGUGUGGUAAAUUUAAAAUGUAGUUGUAUUCACUUUAAACAUCGUAAGAGUAAUUUAAUAACAGCUUCCAACCUAGAUAUUCAGAUACACCAUAGAUAGAAUAAGACCUUCAUUCUCAUUCUUCAUUAUUUGACUCUGUGUCUGCAUAUCUGCUAUGUAUUCUGUAAGGCAGAAUUAAAAUAAAACUUAUGGAUCUAC